CUUCUGUCUAUGAUAAUGCUCACAUCUUUCAUCUCUUCAUCCCUGGUUGGAUUUACUCUGUUAUUCUGAACGGAGUCUUCGCCAGAGUUUCGCCGAUAUCUUGCUGUCAAAGUGGCUCUAUCAGCCCUACUCGCCUAUGAACGCAGCGCAACCUGACGUUGCCGGAAACCCUCCGAACAUGCAACCAUAGUACCAUGCGCCUGCACAAUCUGUGGCGGUCUUCAAUAUUUUUCCGUCGCAGCCCGAGCUGCGCAAGGUUCCCUAUCCAUACCAUUCCUCGCCACCUCCGUCCUCGCACAUGGCAAAAUGACCGAAGUUGGGAGCGUUUCCCUUCUGUCCGACAUUCCAUGUGAAUAUGAUUGAGUGACUAUGAUGUACGCAAGUCUUUGCUUUGGACAACCGUUAUAUUUGCGGAACCAGAGAGUAUUGUUGGUGACUCGUACUUUUUGUAACAAGUUGCGAAGCAUGAAGACUUGAAAGAUUGGAUACGAAUGCGACAACUCACGUCCACCUAUAAUGUCAUACCAGUAUGGUGCCUGCCAGGCGCCGCUGGCGAGUCCGACUACAACGACGACAAGCUCAGCAACAACUGCGUUGAUCACGACAAGCUCAACGCCCAAGAUAUCGAGCACCACAACUUCAUCGAUAGUGCCUCUGUCAACUAUUACGCCUGCAUCGCCAAUAUCCCAUCAACAGAAUUUACAGCCACCUUACCUAUCGCAAACAGCAAUUCUGGGAGAGGUGCCAUCAAGAUCAGUCGAUGUUCCUAUCACGGCCGUCUUUCUCGUCCUGUUCGUAAUCGGAGCGAUCUCCAACAUGACCCUGUUCAGACGCAACAAGGCUAGAGGACACUUUUUUCUGCCGUCGUUCUUCCUAUACGUGUUCUGCAUGGCGCGCAUUUUGAGCUGCUCUUUGCGUAUCGCUUGGGCAUACUACCCUAACAACGCGAGUCUUUCAAUUGCAGCCUUCAUCUUUGUCUCGGCUGGCGUUUUGAUCAUCUUCGUGGUCAACUUGAUCUUUGCGCAACGAAUAGUCCGAGCGAUGCAACCGGCAAUCGGUUGGAGUCCUGCCUUUGGAAGGUUCUACAAGCUGCUCUACGCAUUGACAGUCUUCUUGUUGGUCAUAACGGUCGUCGCCAUCGUCCACUCCCAUUACACCCUUGACACCGCACGAUUACACGCCGACUCGGGAAUCGAGCUUGGGGCAAUUACGUAUUUCUUGUCGCUGGCUUUCCUGCCGAUCUUCCUGGUCUACAUCUCCCAUGUGCUUCCAAGAACGAGGAAACCGGUGAAAUUCGGGGCAGGCUCCUGGAGGGCCAAGGUGCGGAUCCUGACGGUCGGAGCAUCUCUUUGCAUAUUUGGUGCAGGCUUCAGAGCUGGCUCGCAAUUCAUGCAUCCUCGGCGCCCCGACGACCCGGCAUGGUAUCACAGCAAGGUGUGCUUCUACCUGUUCAACUUUACCGUUGAAGUCCUGGUGGUCUAUCUAUACCUCGUCACACGCGUCGAUCAGCGCUUCUACAUACCCAACGGGAGUCGCGAUGACGGUGACUAUGCACGCAAGCCGCGGUCUGAGGACUCGAGUACAGAUGAGUCGGAGAACCGGAAGAGCAGCUUCAGCAGCUAUGCUCGUAUCUUCGACGGCAGUUCUUCCAUCUACUCCUGGGGUAAUGAAGACGAGAAAUACCCUGAGGAAGAGGAGCCAUCAUCACCAGGUUGGUCGUGUUUAUCAGACGAGAAAUGGGGCUCCGACUCGAAGCUUCAGCUCCCUCCGGAAAUUGUUCAGAGCAGAAUGAGGGUAGUGUCCAUGGAAGAAGCACCGUACGUGGACAUAACGUUCUCACACGAGCAGCAUCAGUACGGGGACGACGACUGGUUCUUGUUGCCGCCGCCUGCGGCUUUACGAUCUUUUGGUCUGUGAGCGGUUGCUCUGACGUAGUAUCCAGGACACAGCAUGCACUUGUCUUGUCCACGUACGAGUGAGGAUUUCAUCAGCUGUGCAAGGAAGGAAAGUGAGCUAUUGGGAGCGGGGACAUAUCAAGCUCUGGCCACCAGAGUGCUUUGGCUAUGUAAGGGCGUGGUUUAAGCCCAGAAAUGAGUGAAUGACUAAAUUCGAGGUGGAGGGCUCGUAUGAAUUGGAGUAUUGGGCUGUUUUCUCGCCACCACUUACUAUGCUCUUCAGAGUAGUUCGCUUACGGCUCAGUCAUCUUGCAGUACGGAGUUGGAAAGUAUCCAAGUCGAAACCCA